AUGGGAGGUGUUGUAAGCAGUGGUGAAGAUAAUGAUGAAUUGAUCGAUAACUUGAAGAAAGUCGAUUAUCUUCGCACACCUAGUGUUGAGAAAGCAUUUCGUUCGGUCGACCGAGGCCAUUAUUAUUUAGAAGAAUAUCAAGAAAAUGCUUACUGUGAUAUGGCAUGGAAACAAGGCAAUUUACAUAUUAGUGCGGCUUGUAUUUAUGCUGAAGUAGCCGAAAGAUUAAUGAUCCAACCAGACUACCGUCAUGUAAUACCAUUCAAAGGUCAAUCAUUUUUAAAUAUCGGUAGUGGAACUGGUUAUUUAUCCACUGUCAUAGGCAAUCUUCUAGGGCCAUUUGGUGUGAAUCAUGGUAUUGAAUUGCACUUGGAUGUAGUUGAAUACGCCAAAAGUAAACUCAAAGAAUAUUUGAUUAUGUAUUGUAAUGAUGAAGAUAUCAUUGACUUUUGUAACCCGAUUUUUGUCCAUGGAAAUUGCUUUCGUAUCAACCCAAGUGCCAGGCGCUACGAUAGGAUCUAUGUCGGUGCUGCUUGCCCAGAGGAAUCUUAUGACUUUUUUAAGCAAUUACUAAAUAUUAAUGGUUAUUUAAUUAUGCCAUUUAAUGAUAAGCUUAUUCGUGUACGGAGACUCGAUGAGAAUAACUGGGAAUGCGAAGAAAUGUUAGACGUUGCUUUCUUACCGUUGAUUCCAGCGUCAGCAAAUGAUAACGAUUUACCUCACAUUCAAAUGCCUGCUUGCAAGCCUCACAGCUUAAGAAGUCUAUGUCGCCGUACUAUUCGUAAAGCUUUAGGCAAAAGUAUAUUAAAUAAAAUUAAAGAAUUGGAUCUACCCCCUACCCUGAAAAAUUAUCUAUGUUACAAUCGAAAUACCCGUAAAGAUAGGAUACGAACAAUUUCAGGCGGUUCAGAUCUUGAUAGAAAUGAGAGCAAUGGAAAUGACCAAUUAGUCAAAUAA